CUGAAAAGUUGAUGAAGAUAAAGCCCAUCAGAAUGCAUGGAAUAUUUGCGAUAGACAAGCCAUCGGGAAUUCUGAGUUCCAGGUGUAUUCUGGAUCUCCAGCACAUCUUCACCAAUUCGGCGAUUUUUCAGGACGAUUUGAAUGAAAUGAAGGAUAACGCCAUCAAAAACCUCAGCACCGAUAAGAGCUGGUCCAAAGAGAGAAUCAACAAGAAAGUCAGCAAAAUCAAAAUCAAAAUCGGUCACGGUGGAACCUUGGACCCGCUCGCCAGUGGGGUGCUUGUGGUUGGCCUUGGUAGCGGUACCAAGCGCUUGCAGCACUACUUGGGUGAAUGUAACAAGGUAUAUGAGACCAAAGCCCUCUUGGGGAUUUCCACCACCACUGGCGACUCAGAGGGCGAGAUCUUGACCCGAAAUCAGGUUGACCACAUCACUGCUGAUACCGUUAAACAGUCGGUGCAAAGAUUCAUUGGAGAUAUUAAGCAGACUCCCCCUAUUUUUUCUGCUUUGAAAAUGAAUGGAAAACCACUCUAUGACUACGCCAGAGAAGGGAAACCACUUCCGUUCCCCAUAAAAACCAGAGACGUCAAAGUCCCCAACAUCUUCAUCCACCCAGACCACCUUCUCCUGCGUGAACAUGGAUUUGAACCCAUCAAAAGCCAGUUGGAUGAUAAUGGUGAACCCAAAGAAAAUGCCUUGUUCAACAACCCAACUUUGAACGAUUCUCCCUUGUACUUUUCAUCUCAGUAUCUCCAGAAGUGUGAAGAUGAAGGCCUCCCCAAGACAGUGGGUCCACCACGUCUCACCAAGGAACCCCAAGACCGACUUCCCAUGGUACACUUGACGUGCGAUGUCAGUUCUGGCACCUAUAUAAGAAGUCUCAUCAGCGACAUUGGUAGGGCCAUGGAAAGCUCUGCUUACAUGGUGGAGUUGAUCAGGGUCGAACAAAGUGAGUGGAAACUCGGCAAGAAUACCUUCAAAUUCGAAGAUUUCCACCAACCGGAGUCAGUGUGGGCACCGGUGUUAAAGAGAGUUCUUGAAGAAGGCGACAAGGUCAACGUCAGUGAGUUGAUGGACGCAGCUGUCGCAGCAGAAUCCAUUGCCCUCGAUCCAGAUACCGAGGAAUCGCAGCGUAAAAGGCCCAUAACAGAGGUGGAAUAGAUAAGUAGGUAUUUAGUGCUCGUUUCUGAGCAUUGAAUUUUUCAGUCGACUGUUAAUGUAUACACAUAUAAGA